AUGGAAGAAGUUGAAGACCCUUACGAAGCCUUAGAAUCUGAUUGGAGUCAAGAGGAAGACUUGAACCAAGGCUUGRCWYAUGAAGAGGCUGAACKUGWGGAAACCCCAUGGUAUGAGGAUUACUCGGAGUCUGAUUUCAAUGAUGAAUCGGGCGGAGAAGACUUCAAACUAGAGCCACCAGACCAUGGCAUAUACAACACAAGUCAUCAAAGUUGGUACGAAGAAGAAACUAACCAGGAAGAUGAGUCAUGGCGCAAUGAAACUGAUUCUGAAAUCAGUUAUGAGGAUGAACCAUAUCGUCGUAAGGAAGAAUCUGAGUUUGAAGGUGACUACGAAGAAGAGGCUAACCAAACGCGUGAGGAUAGAGAACCGUAUGAAGAAUCACGGAUUAAAGAUGGAGAUUCUCAAAAUAGAUAUGGAGAUGAGCAAUGGCGUGAGGAAGAAGAAAUCAUCUAUGACGAAUAUGAAAGAGAAUCACAAUUUAGCCUAGGAGAAGAUUAUUUCAGCAAAGAGACUUACCUCGGAGAACUCAAUCAUGAUGGAGAGACAUCCAACGAAGAUAAACCAUGGUGUGAAGAGAAGAAUUCUCAAGAUAGCCAAGAAGGCACCGAGCAAUAUGGUGAAGAAACUUGGCACCAUGAGGCUGAAUCAGAGGCAAGCUUUGAAGGUAAAUCAUAUUAUGGAGAAGAAGAUCACGAACCAAGGUAUAUCACCUUUUCAGGUCAUGGCCACGGGCCUGAGGCAUGUUUGAGAUGGGUGAGAGACAUGGAAGAAUGGUUUUCAUCUAACCAAAUCCCCGAGGAAGAGAAGACUAAUUGUGCAGAGGGGACUCUCACCGAAGAUGCUUUUAGGCAUUGGGAUCAAGAUGCAUACCAGCGACUUGAGUAUGAUGAACCAGCCGCCACUUGGGAGGAGAUGAAGCAGAUCAUAAGUGAUGAGUUUGUUAGAGACGUUGACAACAUGCAUCAAUACUACUCACGAAUAUACACCAAUCCUGAGCCAACAAGAUGGAUCCUAGCCACUAGACCAAAACCGAAUGCUACACCUAAGAGAUUUAGUAGCCCUAACCAAAGAAAGUGUCAACACACGUUCUAA